AUUUUUAUAUUCCCAGCGCACGAAAGUAUCGUUUUUAUUAAACGUACAGUCCUGUACGUCUCCAUGCCAGAAAAAUGGCCUACAUGUUUGUUUAAUUCUGCUUUGGCAGCAGGCCAUGGUCUGGGUCUAUGGGCAUAAACAGUGAAAGACGCGCCUGGACAGCCCAAAUCACGAUGCAUCUUUUUGUUUUUAUCGGCAAAUAAGUGACCAGGGGCUAAAGUGCACUGUGAUUGCAAUCACUAUCAAAGGACUUGCGACGGCUUGGCUGCAGAAAAGCAUCGACGCUGUAAUCGUAAUGGGAGAAAGGUCUUGGCAGGAUGUUUUGGUUUGGCGCAUGGCGUAAUAACUUCACUUAUGAGGUCAUAAUACAUCACAAUGCCUUUGAUGAAUGUUGAGCAUUUUUGAAAAUCUUUCGCGGUGGGACCAUGCUUGCGUUAGAGUACGAUAACCGAGACGGACGAUAACCGAGACGGACAAUAACCGAGACAUGCGCGCUAUGGUUCAUGUACUGCGCUUCCGGUAACUCAUUUGAAAAUCGGGGACUCUUGGCAAAAUCGUUUGAUAUAGGUAGGAGAUUUACGAUACUUUGGCGCCACAGGAGUUCAUGGAGACGCCGGCACAACUCGAUUGGAAGCUGAAGUUUAUUGUGAAUCGCCCGCCUCAUUUUUAAACUCCACUGGUGAUCUGGCUCUCCGUUUAUCCGACUCGCAGCAUCCACAAUGCGUUUGCCGUGCUCAGCCCCGCUCCUGUGCAUGGGAUGUCAUCUGAUCGCGGUGGCGGCGAUAGAGCCGGUGUCGACCGGCCUAGCGUUGGGAAUUGCAGCCGCCGUCACCGGUUUCUUAGCGCGGUAUCAAAAUGUGCUGUAUUACUUCCAAGAAUGUUGCCGACCCGAGUGGAUUUCCUACAACAAAACAGGUCUCCAGGAGGACCUGGAGGAAAAGCUGUUCGGCCAGCACGUGGCUUCGCGGGUCAUCCUCAAAGCAGUGACUGGGUUUAUGAACAGCGAGAACCCCAAGAAACCGCUAGUUCUAUCCCUGCACGGCUGGACUGGCACGGGGAAAAACUUUGUGAGUCAACUGAUUGCGGAGAAUAUUUACCAGAAAGGAAUGGCCAGUGGGUUCGUGCAUCUCUUCACAGCUACGGCACACUUUCCCCAUGAGGUGCAUUUAGAAACAUACAAGGCACAAUUGCAGCAAUGGAUAAAAGGCAAUGUGACAAAUUGCCCACGUUCCAUGUUCAUAUUUGAUGAGAUGGAUAAGAUGCACCCCGGCCUGAUUGAUGGCAUAAAACCAUAUCUGGACUUCUAUGAGAGACUGGACGGAGUGUCCUACAGACAGGCCAUCUUCAUCUUCCUCAGUAAUGCCGGAGGAGAGAAGAUUGUGCAGGUGGCUCUGGAUUUCUGGACGUCGGGAAGAGAACGAGAGGAGAUCGAGCUGAAGGAUCUGGAGAUGGCUCUGUCCCUUUCUGUCUUCAACAACAAGAACAGUGGUUUCUGGCACACCAGUUUAAUAGAUAAGAACUUGGUGGACUUCUUUGUGCCUUUCCUGCCGCUGGAGUUCAAGCACGUGGUUCAGUGUGGCCUGGCAGAGAUGGCUGCCAAAGGCCUCACCCCCGACGCUGCCGUGGUGGACCACAUGGCGCGGGACAUGAACUACUUCCCCAAGGACGAGCGUGUCUUCUCCAUGAAGGGCUGCAAGGCGAUCUCCAGCCGGCUGGACUUCUACAUCGACUGAGAUGCGCCACUUUCCCCUAAAAUGCAGCCCCCAAAUAUACUUCUAACACUGCUGCUGUCCUUGAGGGGUUGUGGACUAUUUUGACGGAGUCACUUGUAUUUAGAUGGAGAGGAAGGAAUAGCUUUCAAAUCAGGUGAAAGGGCACAACGAGCCUUCUCUUUUAAAAGUGGAUUCAUGAAGGACUGUGCGUGCCUAACUCCUUCUUUUUAAGGAGGCUCCAGGUGCAGUAAGUAAUUGCAGGUAGUGUGAAACAGUUAAAAAUACAUUAGUUAUUUUUAAUGACCUUGAGAAAUGAAUGGUCAUGCAGAGAUGAUGACCAGAUUUUCUUUUUGUUGCUGCUGUUAAACAUUUCAUCGAUGUUAGCAGAAUUUGUGUCUAAAUAGAAAAUACAACACAAUGCCAUAUAGUGUCAAAUAUACAUGCCAACUUGGGAUGACCUUUUUAAUUUUUUUAGAAAUCUUUUUAUAAUUUUAUGAACCAGGGCUCUGAGUCAUCACCUCAACAGAUACGUUGUCAUGUGAUUCCAACCAAUGAUCAUUAAAUGAAGAUCAACCAUGGACCAAAUGAUGGAGACUCACCUACAUCACUUUUUGUUUUCUGGUAGCACUGCAAAAGAAUCUAGUAAAAGUUGCCUGCAUGGCGUUUUCCCAUGCAGAGACGAUGCUCAAAUCAC